CAGGCGAGUAAGCAUAGCGUGUGCGUGUUUUCUGCGUGAGGUAGCUGCGUGUGCCUGAUUCUGCUGGCUCUAAGCUAUGUGCAAACGCGCUCGCAGCAGGCUCAGCCGGCACCAUUGAAGCCAGUACUUCCUCUCCUGGACUGCCAGGCAAAUCGCAUCGCAAGCCACCCCAAGCCUCUCUCUUUCUCUCUCUCUCCCUCCCUCACUCUCUCUUUCUCUCUCCCUGUCUCUCUCUCUCUUUAUAUCUCCCUCUCGCUCACUCAGUUCCCCCCCCACUAACAUCUUCAGCAGAAGAAGCGAAAAGCCCCUUCGCUGGCCAGCCCAGGGAUACCAGCUGAAAGAAUGAGGCUUUGACACUGCGUGGGACUGGACUGACACGCGAGCGUGACCAACCACCGACACGCACAGAGACAUGCUGAGGCUGUGAGCUUGGCCGUCGACGCCAGAGGAGAGCCCCCCCCAGCGAGCAGCGGUGCCAUCGAGCGAGCAGGAGGACGCCAAAGACCGCUCCCCAAGUGAGCAGGCCCCCCCAGCCAGGUCGAUCAAGCAGAGUGACCACCGCCGCUCCGGCCCGCGUCACCCCCCUGGGUCAGCAACACCUGUGGCAGCAGUGAGUCAACCCAGUCAGCACGUUCGUCUGUACAUGGAGACCCCCAGCUGGGCAGAAACCAAACCAGGAAACGGGUUGUGCAAAUCAGGAACCAUCACCCUCUUCGGAAACGUGGUGUACAGUGGCCUUCUGAACGAUCACUUCUGGCAUUUCGGGGUGCCCCUCGUCACGAGACUGGGUAACCAGGAGGCCACAGCCCCCCCGGAAGCGAUGGCUCAGCCGUACCCGCCCGCCCAGUUCCCCCCUCCGCCGCAGAACGGGAUCCCGGCGGAGUACGCGGCACCACACCCACACCCCGCCCAGGACUACACGGGCCAGAGCACGGUGCCCGACCACGCCAUGACCAUCUACACGCCCACACAGACGCACAGCGAGCCGCCGGGCACCGACAACAGCACGCCGUCCCUCACCGGCACAACGACAGUACCGCAGGUGGACGAGGUGGCGCAGACAGACGGCUCCCAGCAGCUCCAGCUCCAGCCCUCAGACUCCUCAGAGAAGCAGCAGCCCAAGCGGUUACACGUCUCCAACAUCCCCUUCCGCUUCCGGGACCCCGACCUGCGGCAAAUGUUUGGGCAAUUCGGGAAGAUCUUAGACGUGGAGAUUAUUUUUAACGAGCGGGGAUCCAAGGGCUUCGGGUUUGUAACUUUCGAGACGAGUGUGGACGCAGACCGCGCACGGGAGAAACUAAACGGUACAAUCGUUGAGGGACGAAAAAUAGAGGUAAACAAUGCGACGGCGAGAGUAAUGACCAACAAAAAGGUGGCCAACCCAUACACAAAUGGCUGGAAGCUGAACCCGGUGGUGGGGGCCGUCUAUGGGCCCGAAUUUUAUGCAGUUACCGGCUUCCCGUACCCAGCGGCAGGGGCCACGGUGGCUUACCGAGGAGCCCAUUUGAGAGGCCGGGGACGCGCCGUCUACAACACGUUCCGUGCCGCCCCCCCACCUCCGCCCAUCCCGGCCUACGGAGCGGUGGUGUACCAGGACGGGUUUUACGGCGCUGAGAUUUACGGGGGCUAUGCGGCGUAUAGAUAUGCCCAGCCGCCGGCCGCAGCCGCAGCAGCUUACAGCGACAGCUACGGCAGAGUCUAUGCAACGGCAGACCCGUACCACCAUACGAUCGGACCAGCCGCCACAUACAGCGUGGGCACCAUGGCUAGCCUAUACAGAGGAGGGUACAGUCGCUUCACUCCCUACUAAAGAGAGGGAAACAUUGCCCCCAACAAACAAACAAACAAACAAACAAACAAACACCUACUUCUUCGUGGAAAACUAAAUCAAUCACAAAGCUUCCAGGUCACAGUGCUGGCCCCUCUCCUAUUCAUCUCAAGAUGAUGUUACAUUUGAAGAGUAUCCUAACUGUCUCACUGUGUCAUUAUUUUAUAGAAUGUUACAAUUUUAUUUUUUGCUUUCUGUUGUAAUGUACCCAUCUGUAUAUAAUGUGUAUCCUGGGGUGUGUUUCUGUGCUGAAAGUGGGGAAA